CUCGCACGUUCUCUACGUACAAGUCCGCUCGUCAAAACACUAAUUUUUCCUUCUAAGUUCACCAACUGUGCAGCAAAUUUGUCUUUGUUGUGUUUCUUGAGGCUUGCAGUUUGUUUUUCAGCUUGAGAAAAAGGAAAUUUAAAAUGAGGCUGGUAAUUCUUGACGACUACAGUAAAGCCAGUGAGUGGGCUGCUAAGUAUGUUCGCAAUCGUAUCUUGGAAUUCAACCCAGAUGCGGACAGAUAUUUCACCUUGGGGUUGCCAACUGGGAGCACUCCAAUCGGCAUGUACAAGAAACUCAUUGAGUUUCACAAAGCUGGAGAUCUUUCCUUCAAAUAUGUCAAGACAUUCAAUAUGGAUGAGUACGUAGGAUUGGCGAGGGACCACCCGGAGAGCUAUCAUUCCUUUAUGUGGAAUCAGUUUUUCAAGCAUAUCGACAUCUUGCCAGAAAAUGCACAUCUUCUGAAUGGUAACACGGAGAACCUUCAGGAAGAGUGCGAGAACUAUGAGAAGGAAAUCACCAAAGCCGGAGGAAUAGAACUUUUUAUAGGAGGCAUAGGUCCAGAUGGUCAUAUAGCUUUCAACGAGCCAGGUUCUAGUCUGGUAUCCAGGACACGAGUCAAGACCUUAGCCCAUGAUACAAUCAUCGCUAAUGCAAGAUUCUUCGAUGGGGACAUUACGAAGGUACCGACCAGUGCACUAACAGUGGGUGUUGGUACUGUCAUGGACGCCAGAGAGGUCAUGAUCAUCAUCACUGGUGCCCACAAAUCGUUCGCUCUAUACAAAGCAGUAGAGGAAGGCGUUAGCCACAUGUGGACGGUGUCCGCUUUCCAGCAGCACUCUAGAACCAUCAUAGUAUGUGACGAAGACGCCACUCUGGAGUUAAGGGUCAAGACGGUGAAAUACUUCAAAGGUCUGAUGCAUGUCCAUGACAAGCUGAUUGAGACCAGUGAUAAACAAGCGUUGAAAAGACAAAAAACUAAGUGAUUGUUUGUUUGUUUGUUUGUUUGUUUUAGAUGAUCUUCCCAU